UUAAAUGAUCACUAGCUAAUGUUAGCUACAUGGUAACUAGUAAAGUCCACAUAUCACGUUGAACUUAACGAGAACAGGCUACAAAUUUUAUCUGUGUUCAGAAGUGGGUAACAUUGAUUACAUUUACUUUAGUAACGUUUUUGGAAAAAGGUACUUAGAAGAAUAAUUUGAAUGCAUUUUGUUCUCUUACUUGAUUAGAUGGAUUUUGCAUAAAGAAAACAUCGGAAACAUUAGAUUUCUGCAACAUUUGAGCAUAAUUACUCAGUAAUUUAUACAUGUCUGUUUAUAUGCUUAUUGUUUAUUUUGCAUUAAUAAACAUUGUUAUUUUAUUUGAAAUGUUACAUAAAGGUUUGUUUGCGUAUUUAUAUGAAAGUAAAAGCUCAUUUUACUUUAAUAUGAUUUGGCCCCAGAAUAAGCGAAGGCCCCCCUGAUGAACUGUGGUGGAGUCGGGGGGCUCCAGGCAUCGCGCCAGUUAGGAUGUUUAUUGGUCCCCAAAAAACGAUAAAAGCCCAGACAUCGUCAGUAAAAUCCUCCCAGACAGAACUUCAAAAUUGAACCUUAUGCUGCCAACACUUAGCUUUCAUCAACAACUCAGGUGGAAGAAGGAGUGCUGCGCAACGCAAAUAAGAACCCGACCGGAACCCGGUGUGCUAAAAAAUAAAACAGAAUUUAAGGAAGCUGAGCUGCCGCGAAACUUCGAGGAAUUUUAAUAACCGAGGUACUAAAAUCAUCAUUACAGCCCUGGUUCUGAUAGGUUCUGGACCAUCUGGAAGGAUUUCUCUGAGCCCCAGACUUGGAAGUAAAUCCAGAACCAGGCCUGAGCCUGUGAUUGGGUCGCUUAGCACACCGCCUGCAUACAUAUCAGCUUCCUGUCAUUAGCCCUGCUGAACUUCCUGUUUAUGUGUCCAGAUGGACCGUCUCACUGCACUGGCUCUGUUCAUACUGGACCGGGAUUGCUGGUGUAGAUCUGGGCCUAUUGGUUCUGAAGGAGACAAACUGGACCCUUUGGCAAGGACCGAUCUCUUCUGACACCAGAACCCAAUGAGAGUUACCUCAGAACCUGGCAGGACCGCCGGUCCAACCCAAGGUUUCUUCCUGUGUCGCUGGCUGCAGCCUGGAGCCUCCAGUCAGCUCUGCCGCCAUUCAGACGUCUCCAUCAUCACCAUCACUGAACAUCAUAUCCAGCACUGUAACCGCCGCCCGCCCUGACUCCAGCUCUCCUCCUCGAAAUCACAUCACGGUUGCUAAGAAACAGCAAUGGGCGCGGCAGGAAGCUUCUUGUCCAAGCUCCACCCAUAUGACCUCUGACCAGUGGUCAUCAUGGAUAUCCCACCAUGAAUCUGGGCUGACCUGGAUAGACAAGGCGCAUGCUGAAGCCGUGCCGCUUAGGGACGCAGAUAUCAGAACGCACCAGGAAGACUCCCAAGCUUCAGGGGGCGCCAGUGAGAUUCCCACCCCAGGAGUCAGCGCCAAGCUGUCUGGCCAGCGGGCGUACCUGCAGAGCCUGGAGCGGAGCAGCCGAGCAUGGGUUCUGUCUUCAGGAAAGUCCCAGGCUCCGGAAGAUGGGUUCGGGCCUCUGGAGGAGAACAGCAGCAGCAGCAACAUCUGGUACAACCCCAUCCCAGAGGAGGAGGACGGAGGAGGCCCACCGGCUGAAGAGGACGUAUGGAAGAGGAGGGAUGAAGAGCAGGAGGUCGCUGAUCUCAGAGGACACGGUGGUAGCUAUGAGUGUCCACAGGAGGGCGCCAAUCCCAGCGUCAGUCACCAGGUUCAUGACAUUACUGAAGAAAUCUCAGACUGCCCUGCCUCAGACUCAAGCCCCGCCUGUCUAAACAAAGGGGGCGGAGCUGGGAGUGUGAUGGACAGGCUGAGGUCUCCUGGUACUGUUCGGAAACUCUCUUUAAAAAUGAAGAAACUUCCAGAACUCCGGCGAAAACUCAGUCUACGUUCAUCUUCCCGUACUAACCGCCAGACUGGCGGAGGAGGUGGGGACGAUCCAACCAAUAACAACGCAGCAUCAUCACCGGUGCUGGCCAAUCAGAAUGUCAUCAGCAGGUACCAUCUGGACAGCUCCGCCCCCUCAGCACGUCCUCGCCGUCGAUCAUCGAGACAACGCUCCGCCGGCAAAGGAGGGUACCUCAGUGAUGGAGACUCCCCUGAGCUGUUGCCCCGGCAACAGGCUGCCGACCUCACAGCAUCCCAGGAAUCUUGGUGUGACGUCAGUUCGUUUCAGCUGUACGUGGGCUCAGAUCCGCCGCGAUGCAGCCAGCGGGUGACGGGGUUACUGACAGUGCACCUGCUGGGCCUGGAGGAGAUGAAGAGCAGCAGAUCAGAGGACAGCAAAGAAAUCUUCUUGGCCAUCCAAGUCGAUGGGGUGACAAGAGCCAGGACCGCCCUCUUGACCCUCAGAGGCCACACCCGGCCCCUGAACCACACCUUUCACCUCGACUUGGAGAGGGCCCGGCAGCUCCGCAUCGUGGUGCUGACACCAGUGGUGGGCGGAGCCAAACCAGACCAGAGUAAUUCUGCCGGAGGUCCAAACAGGAACCGGGUGUGCUGCCUGGGUGGCGUCUCCAUCCCGCCGCUCUUUAAAGGAAGUCGCAGUCAGCAGCUCUGCCUGAAGCUGGAGCCUAGAGGACUGCUGUACGUCAAACUGACUCUGCAGGAAAAAUGGGACACCCAGCACGGCAGGGAUCCUUCAGCACCGGCUAAUGUGUUUGGGGUUGAACUGCACCACCUGGUGGAGAAAGAGGGAAGCGCAGCUCCAGUUCCCCUGCUGAUCCAGAAGACAGUGGCAGAAAUAGAGAGACGAGGCCUGAAGGUGGUGGGUCUGUACCGGUUGUGUGGUUCCGCUGCCAUCAAGAAGGAGCUGAGAGACGGGUUUGAGAAGAACAGUUCAGCCGUGUGUCUGUCCGAGGACCGGUACCCCGACGUCAACGUCAUCACAGGUGUUCUGAAGGACUACCUCCGUGAGCUGCCGUCGCCGCUCAUCACCAGGACUCUGUACCAGGUGGUCCGGGAGGCCAUGACCCUUCGACCACCACUGGAGACCCCCGACCCAGAAGUGGCCCAGUGCACCGUUAGACUCCUGUCCUGUCUGCCGGAACCAGAGAAGGCCACGCUCUCCAUGUUGCUGGAUCACCUCAGCCUGGUCGCAUCCUUCAGCUCCUUCAACCGGAUGACGCACCAGAAUCUGGCGGUCUGCUUUGGCCCGGUUCUCCUCACCCCAACCCAGGAGGCCCGCCGGGCGGCUGGCAGAGGGAGUCGGGGCAAGACCCUCGGUCCAGGGGAGGAGAUGGCCAAUGCAGUGGACUUCAAGCGGCACAUCGAGGCCUUGCACUACCUGCUGCAGCUCUGGCCAGUGCCAAUCAACCGAGUGCCUGUAGACGAUCCCUCUCCUCCACGCUCUCCUUCCAUUGCCCGGCACCUCCACGUCGAACCACGCCCGCAGCACUGCCCACUGUGGCUUCCCGGCGCUGAUGGCGUGGUGUCCCGUCGGGGGCGCGGUGGACCAGCCCGGUUGGAGAGCCCGUCCCCCGUCAACCGGUAUGCCGGGGAUUGGACCGUCUGCGGGCCAGACCUGCCGGCAGAGGAUGAAGCCGAUUAUGACGAGGUGGCGGGAAGUGAGAGCGAAGGAGGCAGCAGAGAGGAAGAGGAGGAGGAAGAGCAGAAGGAGGCUUGGCCGCCCGGAGCCACAGGAGGCCACUUCGUAGACGACUACGUGGACUUUGAUGCUCCGUUCAACUGUCGCCUCAGCCUGAAGGACUUUGACACCCUGAUCCACGACCUGGACCGGGAGCUGGCCAAGCAGAUCAACAUCUGCCUGUAGGUGGGAUGUGGGGGGGAUUGGGGGGGGGGUGCUCAUCACCUCGUCUGGACCAAAACCCAGAUCUGCCCAUCAGGGGUUGGUGAGUCCAGAACCAAAUCUAGAAAAUUACUUUUCUGAAAGUAAAGGAAUUUUCAGUAGUUAAGUUUCUCUUUGCACGUUGGAAGUCAAAACGCUUCACUGCUGAGGAUAGGCUGCCCCCCAGGGUCACUGCUCUGCUGCCCCCUGCUGCCCAGGGAGGGGAACUGCAGCCGCUGUUAGGGUCUGGAGAUGCUGAAGGGUUUUUCCGUCUUGAGGACAGUGGGGUGGGGGGCAGAUUUUGUCUGGACGGUUCAAGGGUUCAGCGUUUAUCGGUACAGCUUUUGUCACUGUGAGAACGUUCUCGGUCCUACUUGAUGUUCCUGGCAGUAUUAUUAUUGUUUUGUUUUGCACGCGCCCAGUAAGCACUUGUAAUUUUUUUUAUCAGUAUGUUUGUAAACAGAUGAUGUAACCAAAGAUUUAAAGCACAGCUGCCUGUUUGUUCAUUCCAAAAACAAAUAAAAAACACUAUUGAUAUUAUUUUAA